CAGCAACCAUCGGCCGCUCUAUAUGUGACGUCUGACGCCUUUUUUAUCUCUCCACACACACACAUAUACACUAUUGCAAUUUUCUCGUGGGAGCACGUGUACAUCGCUGCGCAGUUUUGGCAACAUGCGUUCCUUGAUCUUCCUCGCCCUUGUCGCAACGGCUCACUGCCAGGAAUAUUUCCGGCAACCGGAAAAGAUCAUAAGCGAGAACCGGAACUUGGGCGACAAUCGUGGCCACUACUCGUUCACGUACGAGACCGAGGGUGGUAUCGUGCAAACGGAGACCGGAAGUCGAAAGUAUGCUGGCACACCGUCCGAAACUCAGCUGAUCCAAGGCUCCGUGCAGUAUAACGCCCCAGACGGCACACCGAUAGCGAUUAGCUGGACUGCCGACGAAUUCGGCACUCAAGUUGCCGGUACUCACGUGCCAACACCACCCCCAAUACCGCCAGCCAUUCAGAGGGCCCUCGACUGGAUUGCGAAACAACCCUCGACCCCGGAACCCGAGGAGGCUGGCAAAGACUCACCAAGCCAACAAAACGCUGUUCCAGCAAGCACUAAUCGGCAAUACAAACCGCCACGAACGAAUCAACGAAACUGAUUACUCGUGAUCCGUGACUCGUUAAAAUACCUCCUUAGCCGUAAUAUCUUGUCUAACAUUUCUAUGUAAUUGUAAAUUAAUAUUUCUAUUUCGAAAGAUUGCGAGGUUUUAGGUUAAGUUUGCGAAAACUUUUAGGUUAAGUUUUUUUUUUUUUUUUACUUAAGAAUACAUAUAUGUGAGAAUUGUUAAUAAUUGAAUUGUAAUGUGUUGUUAGAAAACAUUGGUUAAAGCAAAAAUUAAUUUUAACAAUUUUAAAUCUUUGCAAAAUAUAUAAGGUUUUCUAAUUUUUAAAUGGUACAUAAAACUUCGAAUAUUUGAAUGUAUCAUGAAAAAUGGAAAUGUUAGA